CUGCAAGUCGCGGUGGACUAAGAUAGGUAGAGAGUUGCCGACCUUCUGCACCUGUGGGGGCUCGCUAUGCUCUUUAUAUACAGACGGUAGCUAGUACAAGCCUGACUCAGCACCCACUAGUGGCUCUCUACCCGAUAUAGCGGUGGCACGCAGAGGUAGGUGUAGCUACGGGACAAGUCGACGACUAGGGGGUUCCUGAUCAUAAGGAGCGGAAUUACACACGUCAUGGUCGGAGACAGGAUUCCUAAACUCGCGGUUCUCAUUAACACAGACAAUGCACGGUCGUCUAUCGUUAAUUUCCUACUCUCCGAAAUCACGAAAUAUGGUACAGCUCAUGCAAAGCGGGCAUAUGGGGACUGGACUAGACCCAAUCUGCUGAACUCCUUGAGCAAUCGAUCCAACCAAUCCAGCACUAUAAUUAUAGACGCGAUGGAUCUUCUGUACUCUGGCCAGUAUAAUAGGUUCUGCCUUGUCUCAACUGACAGUGACUUCACGCGGCUGGCCGCUUGUAUCCGCGAGUCAGGACUAAUUGUGAUGGAUUUGGAGAGCGUAAGACACUCAAGCCCUUUAUUAUUGCCUGUGAUAAAUUUAUGUCCACUGAAAAUCUCAUAUAUCUUGAUAAGCUUAUGCUCUGGGCAAGGCUCUGUAAUAUUGGCCAGUGCCUUACAAAAAAAUAUCCUGACUUUGACUCUUAUUAGCUAUAGAUAUUAUAAGCUCAGUGAUCUUAUCACUGUCUUGUCUUUGUUUAAAACUGCCCGCCGCUCCUUAUAA